AUGAACAAAAAAGAUGAUAUCGCUUAGCAAAACACAUAAGAUGAUCUUGGAUUCAAGAAAAAAUAUGAUAGUUCCUAAAAGAUUUAACUCUUUAAAAAAGUUUAGGAGGAAUGUGUCAUUUCAAGAGUAUUUACUGUUAAACAGACUAUUUUGCAAGUCAUUUUAGAGUUUACCUCAUACCUCUUCUCUGCAGGUAUACUCUUCCUCUUGUUUUGGUGGAUAAAAGAGUGGCGAUUUAAGUGCUUCUUCACUAUUACGACGAUAGAGCAUGCCGAUAGAGUUGUAGUAUAUGGACCUGAUGGAGACAUCCAAAUCUUGAAGCUCUUUUAAGUAAAGGUGAAUGGAAAAAUGAAUAGCAAUAGUAAAUUGAAUGGUUAAUAAGAUAUUGAAAAUAAUAACUCAAAUUCAUCUGAAUUAAUUUUAGUUAAAGCUUUCGAUUAUCGUUUUAACAAAUAUUAAUAUGUCAAUGGAGAAUUUAUUCCUUACUGUGAUUCUCCUUUUGACUAUAAGAAUAAGGAAAUCAUUUCUUUAUUUAAAGAAGGCUUAACACCUGAGCAAAUACAGUAAACUAGAGAAAAAAAUGGUAGAAACAAUACUGAUAUUCCCGAUAAAGGAGUAAUUUAGCUAACAUUUGAAGAAUUAUUUUCUCCUUUCUACUUAUUUUAAGUAGGCAGUACUAUCUUGUGGUUGUUUGAAGGAUAUCGUAUUUAUGCUUACAUUAUUAUAGGUACUUCAACUAUUAGUGUAAUGCUGAAAAUCUAUGAAGAAAGACUUAAUUUCUCUAGAUUAAGAGAAUUUAGCUAUUUUAGAAGUUCAUCAUGUAUUUUCAGAAAUGGUAAUAAGUAGGUUAUGGAUUCUUAAGAACUAUGCUUUGGCGACAAAGUUAUUCUUCGUGAAGGAGAAAUAGCUCCUUGUGACUUAGUUGUUGUGAAAGGAAGCGCUGUUGUUAAUGAAGCUAUGCUUACUGGUGAAAGUAUACCCAUAGUUAAGACUUCUUUGAGCAAUAAUGAUGAAGAAUUUAACGAAAAUAAGCAAAAUGUGAUUUAUUGUGGAAGUACAAUUCAAUAAGUAACAAAUAAUUUAGAAUGCAUAGUUAUUCGUAUAGGCUUUGAGACAUUAAAAGGUAACUUGAUUCGUUCUAUUAUGUAUCCUAAGUCACAUUCUUAGAUUUCUUUCAAAAACGAUUCUGGUAAAUUUUUGCUAAUUCUUGGGUUUGUUGCUUUGAUUUCAUUCUUUGUAGCACUUAAAACUUUUAUUGACAAAAUCGAUUUAGGAUUAAUGGAAACUAAAGAUGUAGUUAUUAGAUGCUUCGAUUUAGUUACUAUUAGUGUUCCUCCUGCACUUCCUACUUGUUUGUCAUUUGGUAUUUCAUUCUCUCUAAAAAGACUUCGUAAAAGACAAGUUUACUGUAUAAAUCCUGAAAAAAUAAACAUUUGUGGUAUAGUAAGAACAAUAUGCUUUGAUAAAACAGGAACGUUAACAGAAGAAAAGCUUUCUUACAAGUUUGUCUCUACAUUCUUAAAUGAGUAAGGAUAAAACAAAUUUGAAGAGCAAGUUAUUCCAUAGCAACUUAGCAAAAAUUAAAGAAUGAUUAUGUCAUCUUGUCAUAGUUUGAUGCUUUAUAAGGGUAAGAAUGCUGGAGAUCCUCUCGAUGUUGAAAUGUUUGAGAAUUCAGGAGCAGAUUUAAUUGAAGAGGAUAAUCAUGCUUAAAAACAAAUCAAUGGAAAUAAAGUAAUUUCUGAAAUUAGCUUAAGAUCAUUUAGUUAAAAUUAAGAAACUAAAGAAGUUAUUUCUGUGUUAAAAAGAUUCUAGUUUGAGUCUGAAGUCGAAAGAAUGUCUUCUUUGAUAUCGUAUGAAAAUCAAACAUACAUAGUCACAAAAGGUUCUCCAGAAAAAGUUAAAACAAUUUGUCUCCCUCAUACAAUUCCUUAGUCCUUUGAUUCCUAACUUUAGAAAUACACUUAAGAAGGUUAUCGUGUUAUUGCUUUAAGCUAUAAGCCUAUUCAAGACUCUGAGAUAGAUUGUGCAAAGGAAAGAUUAUUUUAUGAACAUUCAUUAAUUUUUACAGGGUUCCUCGUUUUUGAGAACAAGCUUAAACCUGAGACUAUUCCUCACAUUAAAUUACUCCUUGAAAAGAAAGUCUAAAUUCAUAUGGUAACAGGUGACAAUCCCUUAACUUCCUUAAGUGUAGCUAAAUAAUGCGAUAUUCUUGAUUAAACACAAAAAAUAGGUGUGCUUGAUGUAAUUACAGAAAACGGCCAGACAAGCAGCUCUUUAGAUGGUGUAUCUACUCCAGUCGAGAAAAUUUUAGAGAAUAUGGUUUCUUAAAAACCCUAACUUGUUAUGACAGGAGCUUUCUUUGGCACAUUUCUAAAUAAUAUCAAGGAAUAAAACAAAUAGCUAUUUGCUUUACUACUUUCUCAAACAAAAGUUUAUGCUCGUAUGAAACCAGACUAAAAACAAAGCUUGAUCAGAAACCUCUAGUAAUAUUAGAAUCUUUCUUAAGGCUACUCUUUCAUAGGUAUGUGUGGAGAUGGUGCAAAUGACUGCUAGGCUUUAAAAGAUGCUGAUAUGGGUAUUUCAUUGGGAGAAGCUGAAGCUUCUAUAGCAGCUUCCUUUACAAGCAAGAUUCAAAAUAUAAGUAUUAUAGAAUACAUCUUACGUGAAGGAAGAUGCUGUUUGGCAACUUCAUUUUAAUGCUUCAAGUUUAUGUCUGUGUACAGUAUUAUUUAGACAUGCACAACUGCUAUCCUUUAUUAAAGAGGUGCUGUUCCUGGUGAUUAUCAAUUCCUUUAUUGGGAUCUCUUCAUCAUUAUACCAUUAGCAUUUUUGAUAGGUUUAACUGAUUCAGCUGAAAAACUCACUGUUAAGACACCUUCUCACCGUCUAUUUUCUUACCAAAAUAUAUUUUCAGUGAUAGGUUUGGGUAUAAUAUAAUUCAUAUUCCUUAUUAUCUCAAUAUCCAUUAUAACUCCUGAAGACUGGUAUAUUUCACCCAUUGAUAUUAACAUAAAAAGUUAAUCUGAUCCUUCUGUGUUAUUAUCCAACUCUUUUGAUAAUGCAGUUCUAUUUUGGGUAUCUAAUUUCCAAUAUAUCUGUUCAGUGAUAGCCUUUUCAGUUGGAUCAUAAUACAAAAAGCCUUUUUAUACUAAUUUCUACUUUACCUUUUUCUUAUUUGCUAUCAUAACUCUUUCUAUUUAUGCUCUGUUUUCAUAAGAAAUGAACUUUACUGAGUUCUUUUAAAUUUCUGCAAUAGCUUACGAUAAUGAUGGUAAUCCUAUGAGUAAAAUGCCCUAUUAUUGGAGAUACAUUUUUGGAGGAUUAAUAAUAGUGAAUAUGAUUAUUAACAUAUUAUAUGAAAAAUAUAUAGUUAAUAUUCUUUGUGGCUUAUUUGAGAAAUUGUUCCCUUCUUUAGUCUACCAUGGUACUUUUAAUACCAAAGAUAUUCAAAUAUCUGACCUUAAUAAAGCAAAUGAUGAUAUGGCAAAAGUUGAAAUGGUUCAAAUAUGA